AUGCUGUCCUUUGCUCUUGCAAACUCCUGGCCUAUCAAGCAACUGGAUGUCAACAAUGCCUUUUUGUAUGGUGACUUAUUAGAAGAUGUAUAUAUGUCUCAACCAAAGGGCUAUGAACAAGGAGAUGGAACCCUGGUCUGCAAGCUGACCAAAGCACUUUAUAGCCUGAAACAAUCCCCUUGGGCCUGGUAUGUGAAAUUGUUGGGUGCUUUUAAGCGUCUGGGGUUCACCCCCACAAAAUCAAAAACCUCAUUCUUUACACGAAUCAUCUCUCAAUCCAGGCUCUAUGCACUUGUCUAUUUUGAUGACAUCAUCCUCACCGGUGACUCUGGCCCUGCAAUUAAUCAAGUCAUUCAGCAGCUAAAUCUCAACUUUGCUCUCAAGGAUCUUGGGGACUUGCACUACUUCCUUGGCGUGCAGGUUGUCAAGACAGCGGAUGGAGGUCUCUCUCUUCUACAAACCAAAUACAUUCAAGACAUCCUGAAGAAAGCAGGAUUAGAAGGGUGCAAACCCUGCUCCACACCACUACCUUCUACACUAAAACUCACUGCCACUUGGGGUGUUCCCUUUGAUAAUCCUUCCCUAUAUAGAAGUGUAGUUGGUAGUUUACAGUAUCUGACAAUGACCAGGCCUAAAAUUUCUUACCCUGUCAAUCGAGUUUGCCAAUUUAUGCAGUCCCCAUCUGAGGACCAUUGGAAGGUGGUAAAGCGCAUUCUUCGAUACCUGAGUGGCACCUUGCAUCAUGGCUUGCACUUGAAGAAAGGAAGGCACCUUCCCAUCCUAGCUUACUGUGACUCGGAUUGGGGCAGUGACCCUGAUGAUCGCAAGUCCACCAGUGGUACUUGUGUCUUUCUUGGCCGCAAUUCAGUCUCAUGGUCCUCCAAGAAGCAAACUAUUGUGGCGUGCUCUAGCAGUGAGGCAGAAUAUAGGUCCAUGGUAGUAGCUGUGGCUGAUGUGGUUUAG